GUGUUGUGUUUUCACCUGGGACCUCAAAUCCAUCCCAUAAUAAUUUCCAAUAAAUUAUUAAUUUAAUUCUGUUUCCCAUUUCACCUAUCAAAAUAUAUUGCAUUUUUUGGCCCAAGUCCAUUCUCUUCUUUUGUUUCUAUAUUUAUCUUAUAAAUGCUCUCUUUAACUCUUUGAUUUUUUUGGGUAUUUUUUUAGUCCAAGAUUUCUAGGAUUUUUACACCUUUUCCAAUUUCUACAAUUUUUUCGGGCUUUGUUUGAAAAGUUCAUUUCAUUGAUAUACACAUAGAGAUAGAUAGAAUAUCAAUAUCCAUAUUAUAUAUCCAUGCAAUUCAAUUUGCAUUUGCAUUUGGGAUUUUUCUGAGGUUUUUGAUUUCAUUUCGUGUGAGAAUUUAUUGGUUAAUUCAUUUGUACGCAAUUGCAGUGAGAAUAUUCAGAACGUGGAAACAGAACCACUUUGCUUCAUUGAGCACAAUAACUUACUAAAAUUUUGUCAAUUCAUCUUUUUGUAUCGAAUGAAACAGAUGAAAUUGGAUGCAGUGUAUCAAGCCAAUGAGGAUGAUCCUUUUAGGCACGGAUCGAAAAUGGAAAAUACACCUGAAUCUUCUAGCAGUCCACAACAUAAAAAGAUAUCAUCCAGAUGGGAUCCCGUCGAAGCAUGUCGGCCUAUAAUUGGUGAAGCACCUGUGUUUUAUCCAACUUUUGAGGAGUUUGAAGACACACUUGGUUACAUAGCUAAGAUACGUCCCUUAGCCGAACCUCAUGGUAUAUGUAGAAUUGUCCCUCCAGCUUGCUGGAUUCCACCUUGUCCACUGAAGGAGAAAGACAUAUGGGAAAAUGCUAAAUUUCCGACCCGUAUUCAGCAAGUUGAUUUGCUUCAGAACAGGGAGCCAAUGAUGAAGAAAAGUCGGGGAAGGAAGCGAAAACGUAGAAAGCAGUCGAAGAUGGGAGCAUGUAGGAGAACUGGCAGUUCAGGUUCUGAAGCUAAUGUUUCUUCUGAAUCUGAUAAUAAGUUUGGAUUCCAAUCAGGGCCGGACUUCACACUUAAAGAGUUUCAGCAAUAUGGUAAUUCUUUUAAAGAGUGUUACUUUGGGUUGAGUGAUGCCAAAGAUGGUAAAGGUAGUGAUAAUAAUCGCCAUGACAGAUGGGAGCCAUCUGUUGAGGAAAUCGAAGGCGAAUACUGGCGAAUAAUAGAGCAACCAAUCGAUGAGGUUGAGGUGUAUUAUGGAGCUGACUUGGAAACUGGAUCACUUGGAAGCGGUUUUCCUAAGACAUCGUCCUUAACUAAGAGCGAUUCAGAUUUAUAUACGAUGUCUGGCUGGAAUCUGAAUAACUUUGCGCGACUGCCGGGUUCUGCAUUGUGUUUUGAAGGAAGUGACAUCUCAGGCGUUUUAGUUCCAUGGCUUUAUGUUGGAAUGUGCUUUUCCACAUUUUGCUGGCAUGUUGAAGAUCAUCACCUGUAUUCGCUUAAUUAUCUACACUGGGGUGAUCCAAAAGUAUGGUAUGGUGUACCUGGGAGCCAUGCUUCAGCUAUGGAAGAUGCAAUGAGGAAACAUUUACCUGAUUUGUUUGAAGAACAACCGAAUCUACUCAAUGAGUUGGUGACUCAGUUCUCUCCGUCAACACUUAUGUCUGAGGGGGUGCCGGUAUAUCGCACUGUCCAGCAUUCUGGGGAAUUUGUUAUCACCUUUCCAAGGGCGUACCACUGUGGCUUCAGCUGUGGCUUCAACUGUGCAGAGGCUGUAAAUGCGGCUCCUUAUGAUUGGUUCGAGCAUGGUCAGAAUGCUGUCGAGAUUUACAGUCAGCAGUGCCGUAAGACAUCAUUGUCUCAUGACAAGUUGUUAUUUGGAUCUGCUCAGGAAGCUGUACAUGCCUUUUCAGAGACAACUCUUCAUGGAAAAGAAAAUCUGAAAUAUUUAAAAUGGAGAAAUGCUUGUGGGAAAGAUGGAGUUCUUACCAAGGCAGUUAAGACGAGGAUAACGAUGGAAAAAGAGAGGCUUGACUUGCUUCCGGUUCAUUUAAAGACGCUAAAGAUUGACAAUGACUUUGAUAUGGUUGAGGAAAGGGAAUGCUUCUCUUGCUUCUAUGACUUGCACUUAUCCGCUGUCGGUUGCAACUGCUCUCCUGACAGCUAUUCUUGUCUGAGACACUUCAAGUUAUUUUGCUCUUGUGAAAUAGAUAAAAGAUUAGUUCUGGUUCGUUAUACUAUGAACGAGCUAAGUACAUUGAUUGAAGCAUUAGAAGGAGAACCACACGCAAUAGAAGUGUGGGAAACUAGAAACGUUGGGGCGGUUUCUGCUAGUGUUGAGGAUGCUUGUAUGCACGAACAAGGUAUAGAGAGAGCCAUUUGCAAAACAAAGAAUUAUGAAGAAGGGAAAAGCUCAACUUCUUGUGCAGGAAUUAAUGAGAGGUCAAAUUCAAAUGCACCUAGUAGUCCUUACAGUCACAUUUCUUCAGAGUUGGUCCAUUCAGAGUCUCAUCAUGAAACUUUUGGUACACCUUAUGCGGAUAUGAAUGGCCAUAAGGAAGACAUGAAUGAUAUGGAGUUGGUCAUGGAGAAUGAAGUUAAGGAGGAUAAGAUAAGUUCUUUGUAUUUGAAUAUUGGUGAUAUAUCUGAUAAACCCGAAAAUUCUUUGGUAAAUAUAGCUGAUAGCCAUCACAAUAAGCGUGUUCCAUAUUUGGAGAAAGUCAGCUGCACUGAGACCAGAAAGGAACGAGACAACGUGGAACUUGGUGCUGGUACACUUGAUGGUUGUAAAUUGUUUGGCGUCGAUUUGCAAAUGCAUUCAGAUUCACAACAGCAACUCAAUAGUGAGUUUGAAAUGCGAGUUCUAGGCACCUCCAAUACAAGUAUAUCUUUGACAAAAAAAAGCUCAGCACUGCAAAAGUUUAGUACUUUUGCUGAGCUCAUAAGUUUGGGCUCGGUUAUGUAUGGAAAGAAUUGGUGCAGUAAGCAUGCAAUUUAUCCAAAAGGAUUCAAGAGCCGCGUUAAGUUCGUUAACAUUCUUGAUCCAGCAAGCAUCUGUUACUAUAUUUCUGAAGUCAUUGAUGGUGGAUUUCUUGGGCCUUUUUUCAGGGUUACCAUGGAAGAACAUCCGAACGAGAUUUUCACGCACACCUCAGCUGAUAAGUGCUGGGAGACAGUUAUUGAUAGACUAAACUAUGAAAUCAAUCGGCGGCAGAGUAUAGGUGAAUUGGAAGUACCUCCCUUGGAAUUACUGCACAACAUCAACGGUCAUAAGAUGUUUGGAUUCCUUUCUCCAUCCAUUAUUCAGUUCAUUGAAGCUCAAGAUCCAAGCCAUCAAUGUGUAGAGUAUUGGAAUCACAAACAAGUUAUUUUUGGAUCUUCUAGCAAGGCCAUUGAUGACUCUAAGUUAACUUGUGGUUCAAGCAAUAACUCUCUAGUUGACUUCAGAACCAAAGUUUUUGGUGUCAAUUUGAUAAAGCAAGAGGAGGAUGAAAUAGGAGAAAGAUCUCAAUCGUUUGAAAAGACGAAAUUGACUCUAGAAGGAUUCUUAAAAAAGGCAAGUACUAAUGAGUUACGGGCAAUGCAUCAGUUAUUCAGCUCUGAUGCACAAGUGUCACAGUGGAGAGCAACAUGUAUAAAGUUGAUAGAGGAAAUCCAAUAAGAUAGUGCACAAAACAAGAAUAAGAUCUCAAUUCUAUUCGAUUCUGAAUGGUCGGUCAUAUUUCAAUCUAGUCAUUAGUUGUGUCCAUUCUUUUAGAGAUAAAUUAAACCAAAGAGGAUGCUGGUUGAAGUCAAGAUAAGAUUUUGCUACUUUGACCGGUAUCUUGUGACCAUAGAUACAUUCCAACCUUCCUUUUAAAUUUAUUCAUAUUCUUUUAAAGUUCUAGCCUGCAUCUGUUGGUUGGAUUAUUAGUUCUUGCAUCUUUCAUCUUUAGUGAUCUUCAUACUCUUUAAAUCUCUGUAUAUAGACAUAAAAACAUAUGUUUCCGUUGUAAUUGGCGAUAACGAUUGAACAAAUACAUGGAGAAAUAUAAAUUGGAAUACUUGAUACUUC